UGAAGUAAAAUGUUCAAGAUUGAAAAUUAUAUAGCACCAUUGAUAUUGAGUAAAUUAGAGAAAUUCGUGAAAAACAUCGAUCAGAAUGAAUUUCAACUUUCAUUGUGGCAAGGCGAUGUUAUAUUUCAGAAUCUUGAAUUAAAGUUGGAUGUGCUUGAAGAUGAACUUCAACUUCCUUUUACAUUCCUUUCUGGUCACAUAAAUGACUUAAAGAUUCAAAUUCCAUGGACAAAGAUUGCGUCAGAGCCAAUUAUUAUCACGAUAAAUACGAUUGAACUCGUCGUAAAGCUUAAAGACUUUUCUGCUGCACCAACAGUUACGAAACCAAAAUUGAAGAAGAAAAUUUCCAUUGAUGAAGAUGCUCAAGCAGGUUACAUGGCGAGUCUUAUCACCAAGAUUCUCAACAACAUUUCUGUGAUAUGCAACAACAUUGUGUUAAAGUUUAUCGAGGAAGAUAUCGUCAUUUCCAUGAAUAUCCAACAUUUAUCCGUCCACUCAGCUGAUCAUCGAUGGAAACGAGCAUUUAUUGAUGUUUCACCCACGAAUGUUCUAUUUCGAAAGCUUAUCAAUAUAAUUGAUCUUACAAUUUGUCUCGACAAGCGAAAUUCAUCAGGAAAGAUUGAAAGUGUUCAAGAACCAAUUCUUUACAAAUGCAGUAUGGAACUUCGAUUGUAUCGGAAGUUUAAUGCAACAACACCAGCGAAAUUGUCAUUAACACGAAUUGACAUUCAAACCAACGCUCUUAAUCUCAGUAUUAGUUCUCAACAAUUCCCAAUGUUGAUGCGUCUUUACGACAUAAUUAUGGCGUUAAAGUCAGGAAGGUUGCAAGCAAAAUAUGCUGAAAAUCUCCCAACACAACCAACGAAUGAUAAUCAAGAAGCAAACGACGAUGAAUCGUGGUUGUUAUGGGCAUGGAACAUGAUUCCAGCAAUUCUCCCCGAUGAAGAAUCCAACGAACCACUUGAAACAAGUGACAAGAAAAUCUUUGAAUUUGGAUUUUAUGCUGAAGAUAUAAAUUUGACUUUGAAAGCUCAAGAAUUUCUCACCGAUCCAAUCAUUCCAUCAACAAAGAAAGCAAUUUUUAAGCCUCUAUUAGGACUUCAUAUCCAAGAGUUUUACAACAUAACAAUCAUCAGUGGAGUGCGUAAAUUUAAUGUGAAGUGUGGUGUUGGAUUUGCAGAAGUUUCAGCAAUGGAGGAAUGUGCAUGUGGCGUGUUUGUGACUGAAACACAAUUAAUAACAGCUGGCAAUAAAGAGAAGAGUGGAAAUUAUUUAAAAGAUUCUUUUAUGGAUAAAACAGCUGCGUCAAUGCAAGAGAAGUAUGAAGACAUUUGGUCGAAUUAUUACGAGAAAAAUAAUGAAGAAAUUAUGUUGUCAAAGACGACAGCACUUGCUUUGGAUAUUUUACAUUCCGUUGAAAUUCCCGACGAUGCUCGAAGCUCUGAUGUUGGAAGUGAUUUAGAAUUCAGUAAUUUAUCAGAAUCUUAUGUGAUUCGUGUGUUUGGAAGUGGAUACGUUGUUCAUGCUGGAGCUGAUUUGGUUCAUCGUAUUGAAAGAAUUGUGCAAUAUUACAAAGACUGUGACUUCUUACCUUACGUUGAAGAAGAGAAGCCAUUAAUGAAGAAUCAAUUAAGUCCUGCAACUGCUGAUGAUUAUGACGCUUUGAUCAAUGAAGUUCCUUUGAAGAUUGUGCAAUUGAAAUUGAAGAAUUUGAUGCUUGUCAUCAAAGAAUGGGAUCACGAGAAACCAUCAAAAAGCAUGAGAAAACUCACAAAUCAAGGAAGUUUUGUUGGAAUAAUUCAGAAGAAAUCGGUGACAUUAGAGAUGAAAAUUGAUGAGGCAACGAUGGAAUUGAAAUUGCCACUUUAUAGGAAUCGUUUGAUUUACACAGCUUGUCAACUUCCUGAUGACAUCAAUAACGAAUUAUUCGAUAAAUGUUUCUUCAUGUUGUCGGUUGCUUUGAAAAAUAUUAAAAUUGACAUGAAAUAUGAACAAUCGAAACGAAUUGUGGAAGUUUUAAGUGUGACGGGACGAAUGAGACGAUUAAUUUAUCCUCAUUUAUGGAUUGAUAAAGACAUUCAAGAGAAUCUUUAUGAAGUUGGUGCUGAUGGCUUCUCAUUGAUGAUAAAUCCACCUCAGCUUAUAGCACUUCAAGUCAUUAUUAGUUCAAUGAUUAAGCAAACAGUUGAAAGGGAAUUAGAAAGAGAUGUUCUUAGAAACUUGGGAAAGAUUGAACUUGUGGUGUUGCAGCUUUCGUUACAGAGAAUUAAAAUGAAAGCUGCUGAAACAACUUCAUGUUUGUUUGUGAAAUUUGUAAUUUCUGAUUUAUUGGGAAUUGCUUGGAAAUCAGGAACGAAGUCAUUGAUCAUUAAUUGGCCUGACAAUUCGGAAAAAUCUCAACUCAAACCGAGUAACACGAAGAAAAAGAUUAAAAAGCAUAAUGAAUUGAUGAUUGCACAAAUUCAAUACCCGAAAGUUGCUGUCGAGUCGAAGCUUUUGCCAGUUCUGACAAUGAAAUUGUCGGAAGGUUCAAUAAACUUGGAUCCACUUUUAAGGGAAUUUUUAUCAUUUCAAGUCGUUGCUGAUGAGCCGAAGACUGAAAGAUUUGCAAGAACAAUCAGUUCAUCAACGAAACUUGCAAUCAACAACACAAGUUCAAACAAUAAUCAACUUCCUUCAGCUCAAUCAAGUUCAGAUGGUGAUUUAACGAUUUGUCCCGUCACUGUUGUUGUUGAAAAGGAAGCGGAAGUUGACCGAAAGCACUUCAAUGAUUUGAUUGAUUUUACGAGAAAUUUAAUUGUGAAUGUUGAAGUGAAACCAUUGACAAUAUUUUACACGAAAACACUUCUCGAGACGUCAAAGCCAAGCGACUCACUUCAAGCACUUUUAUCGAAAAACGACGAUCACAUGAUGAUUGUUAAGAUGCCGACAGUAAUUUUCCAUUCUGUCAAGAAUCGAUCAAUGUCAGAAAUGAUUUCACGUCAUUUUACUGCUGAACUUCCCUCAAGUCUUUGGGGAAAUGAGAAAGCUUUCACCUGGAAUUUUCUUUUAAGUUGUUUGACAACACAAACGAGAGAAAAUGGAAAAGUUUUCAAUUUAAUUGAAGAUUUUUCUCUCAAUGUUUCAAUUGCUGAUGAAUCAACGUCAAAUCCAGAACAAGAAAAGAUUUUCUUUGGAAAUCUUCUGAUUGAAACAUCGCCAGUAAUUGUCAGCAUGUACACGAGUCAAUUAAGUUUAAUUAAAGCUGCGAUUGAUGAGAUAACCAAUCUUCAUUUACUGUUUCAAUAUCAUAAACUUAAAACUGUCGCAACUGCUGUAGAGAAGCCACUGUCAGUGAUUCAAGAAAGUCCACAAAACACUUCAGAAAUCAAAGAAUUUCUUGGACUUGCAACUGGAUCAACAACAACAAAAACUUCACAUGGCGAUGAUAAAAGUAAAAAAACGAAGACAAAUUACAGUUUGUACCUUCAAUGGAUUUGCUCAAAAAUUACUUUAAUUCUCAUCGCUGAUGUGACGUCAUUUAAGAAGAAACUUGUACUGGAACUUGACGAACUUCUAUUCAGUCUUCAUCAACACGACUUUUAUCAACUGAAAAGUAAAAUCGCUUCAAUUUCUGGCAACUUUUAUGAGUGUAAUGAUGAUAAUGAUGUGUGGACGAAGAACAUAACGCUUGGGUUGAAUAUUCAAUCAGAUGAAAACAUUUCUGACAAUGCCAAUCGAUUCCUUGAUGUGACAAUAACGAAAGCUGAAACUGUGAAUGUUCAUUCACGAUGGAAUGUCGGACACAAGAGAAAUCGUUUGUACAAUGACGACAUCACUGAGAUAAAUGUUGUGAUUCAACCAUUGGAUGUGAUUGCAAACUUUGACGAGUUGAUUCAUUUUCUUCCAAUUUUCUCAGCUGCGACUUCAAUCAACAGUCAAAAGAAAGAAACAUCGAAGAGAGUGGAAAAUGUUGAGAAGGCUGGAUCGGAUCUUCCACUGAUUCAUGUCAUGUGCAGCGGUUUUAGAAUCUUCAUGCCAUGUUUAAGUGACAAUCAAUCGUCACAAGAUGUUCUCAUUGUUAAAAUAAUCAACGUUCAAGUCACUCCAACAGCUGUCAACAACUUAAUUCGCAAUCAAAUUCUUCGUCCCGACAUUCACUCCAAAGCUUGUUCUUUGGGAAUCCUCGACUUGGCUGGUUCGAAAAUUGAAGAUCGUCAAUAUCAGUUGACAGUGAAAGGUGUUUCGUUGAGUACAUCAAAUUGGGAAGCGUUAGCAGCAUUGAUCACUGAUAAGCCUGUGAUUGAAAGCCAUGACAAUCCAGCAUUUGAAUGGAAUAAUCUUGAGAAUGGCCCAAAAUCACCAAACUUCAAACUUACGACAAUCUUUAAAGAUUCAAAUUUCUCAUUCAUUUAUGCACCUUCGAUUCGUUUCAAACAAACACUUGUUGCUGGAACUGCAAUGGAAUUCAAUUGUGUUAAUGAUAUGAACAUUGAAAUGACAUUGAAAGAUGUUGCUUUGCUUAUGAAUCUUUCAGAACGAAUGAGAAAGAUUUUCAAAGUUUUUCAUCCAUCAAAACCGUCAGCAGAAUCAUCGAAAGUUUCAAGUAAUGACAAAGAAAGUAAAGAAAAGGAAACUGUCGACAAUAUUCCAAUCUUUGAGAAACGAAAACCAUUUGAGAAGAAGUCACUCGAUGAUUCCGGUGUCGGUUCAAUUUCACAAUCACAUCGUGCACAUGAAAGAAAGCUUUGGAAGAAGAAAUCUGUUGGCGCAAUGAGCGGAGAUGAUUCAACGAAUGUUCCAUUUGAAUUCACAUUUACAAGUAGCAAGUUUAAGCUCAGAUGCACAUGCGACGAUGAAAAUGAACUUUUGGUUGUUCUUGACACGCCAAACAUUUUCAUCACACAAGAUAAAUAUGAAAAAUCGAUGAAUUUAUCACUGCACGAUUUAUUCGUCAUGCAUGGAAUGGAGAAAAUAUUUUCAACACGUGAUGGAAUUCAAGAUUUGUCAGGAAUUAAACCAUCGCUGGUGAGAGUGAAGUUUAGUGAGAAAUCGAUGAAGAAUUUUGAUUGUGAUGUGAACAUUAAACGACCGAUGGCGAUUGAAUUUUCACAUGAAAAACUUUCAUCAAUUUUUCAUUUGUUUGAGUUGUUGAAGAAAAAUUCGAUUGUGAAGGAAAGUGAAGUGAAGAAGGAAGUGAUUCAAGUUAAAAGAAAAUCAAGAAAGUUUGAUUCAAUUAAAUCACAUUUCAAUGACAUUCGAACGCUCAACUUUAGCACGAGUCAAAUGAUUUGCAACGUCACGUCACUUGAAUAUGAUUUCAAAUUGGCAGUGUCGGAAUUGAAAGGAAAAUUGAAAGUUUUUGAACGUCCAGAAAAAAUUGAAGCAAAUUUCGAUGUCGUCAACUUUAUGUUAAUUAAUCGAUCGAAAAUUAUUUUACAUCCUUUAAGUGUUCAAAAUCGUGUUAAAAUAAUUCAAGAAUAUUGGAAGAAAGAUCCAAUGAUUCACUUAAAUUUAAAUUCAAAUCUUAUUAGAGUUGAUGUUGGUAUUGAUGUCAUUAAAGACGUAGAAACGUGUCGUUAUUUAUUUAUGAAAGUUUUAAACUUUAAACAAAAUGAGACUGAAGAAAAUUUGACGACGAAAUCUUCGGAAAGAGUUGAAGAUAGAAAAAUUCCAAUUCAUCAAAAUUCAUUGACAAACAAAAUUCAUUCAACAAUUGAACAUUUUCAAGACGACCUUAGAAGUGGCGCUUUUCAGUUUGUAGAGACAUCAUCGUUACGUGAUCUUCCACUUCCUUAUCAAAUACAAAUUAUCGACAAUGAAGUUGGAAUGAUUUGUUGGCGUUAUCCAUUGCCACGUGCGUUACACAAGAUCAAAAUCUUUCCUGUGCCUUUUCAAACAGCAAAUCAAGUCACAAUCAUCUGUAAAAUUGAAUUCUAUUCACAAAUCAAGUCGAAAUUUGAAGAGUAUUGUGAAUUUACUUUAACCGAGAAUGAAACAAAACUUUUGGAUUUGAAACAAAAUCGACCGUCAGCAGAAGUUUGGCGAAUAAAAAUUCCGCGCGUAUUUUGUAAGCGUGACUCGGACGAUGACGAUGAUGACAACAAUGGUGAUUAUGAGUUUCAAAUGCAUCCAAAAGUUCUCGUCGCUUGUCUUCGUAUUGACUCUUAUUACGUUUCGAAUGCAAUUCCAAAAGUUGACGCAUUCGUUGAAGUAUCGCAUGCAGAAAUUAAUUUGAUGAAUAAGAUGGAAGUUGUUGAGAAAUUACCGGAAUUUUUAUCAAAUUAUCAUUUUAUGGAUGAUCGAGGCAAGGAACACGAAGCAGUGAAAAUGUCAAUGAAAAACAUUAAAAUUUAUGGACAAUUUUUUGAUGAAAAUUACGAAAAUUUCGAAUUUGAUUCGAUUGUUGGCUUGAAUGUCAUUGAUUAUGGUUGCGGGAAUCUUGUGCCUUUAAUCAGUGAUUUUCGAAUGAAAACUCUCGUUGAUCAUCAUCUUAAUGACGUUAAUUUAAAUGUGAUGACUGAUAAAAUUGACUUAAAAUACGCUCCGGCGAUUGGACAUUCAUUGAUGACAACGACAAAAAUUUGGACACAACAAUUGAGAAAAAUUCCAAAUCAGAAUCUCGUCAUUCAUACAAAGUUCGUCAUUUGUAACAACACAGCAAAUCCAAUUGGCAUUAAUCAAUUUCAAACAAAUGAAAUGAUUUGUCUCAUGCCACAAACUUUCAUUCUUUACAGUUUCCGCACUGAUAAACUCGAACAGAGUUUGCAACUUUGUGUGUGUUUAAAAGGAUUGUGGUCAUUGAAGACGAAGCCAAUGAAGAUUCAUCAAGAUGGAACAGAAUUUGUGAUGUUGGAAGAGAAUCAAUUCUUUGUGGUGACUGUGAAAAGUUUGACAAACUUCCAAAGAAAAAUUACAAUCGAUGGAACCGUCGGAAUCUUUAACAUGACUAAAGAACUCUUUCGAAUUCAAUACAAGCGAUAUGACAAAGACAUUGACGCUCCUGAUAACAGUGAAGCAAUUGAGUUCGAUAUUGAUGGACAUCGAAGUGGAUCCGUGUUUGGAACUUGCAUGACGGACUCACAACAAUCGAUUCGACUUCGACUGGUGAAGAACGAGAAAAAAGUGUUUUCAGGCGAGAUUCCAUUGCGUGAGAUUGUUGUGAAUAACAAACCUUGGUUAGUGAAAGUUCCAUCAAUGGCAAGUUGCGGUUUCACAAGUUAUUGGGUGAGAAUCAUCAGAGAGACGAAGAAUAAAAUUUCUCGAGUUCUCGUCAUGAUUUGGCCGAUGUUUGUCACCAAAUCUCUUCUUCCAAUCAACACAACCGUCUACGAAGCUGAACAAAAUCAAAGCCAUGUAAUUAUUGGUCGUGGCGAAACAAAAGAACUCGACAUGUGUGGAACGCACGAAGACGAACAUGAAUUGCUUUUGAAAGGAAAUUUCUCAACACUUGAUGACGACGUUAAUGGUGCCAAAGUUAUGUUGUCUUACAAACUUAUCAAUCGAAAUUCGUUCUUUAAAAUUCCCGAUGAGUAUUCUGACAUUAAUCGUGCUGUUGAGAAAUUUGAAACGACAUUUGAUGAGAGAUGGCCUUGUGGGAGGGAUGAAGAGUUUCGAGUACUUCGUGAUGUCACAUCGAACGGUCCAACACUUCCAGUUUAUCAUCUGUCAUCUCAAAAUCCUGAAGAUCUUUCAUGUUCAUUGAUGUUGACUCUUGCUCCAUGGUGUUCGAUCAUCAACUCGUCUGGUUAUGCCAUCAAAUUGAUUAAUUUUGUUACUAAGGAAGUUUGUUCGGUUGACGUCAAUGCAGUUGCGAUGCCAUUUUAUAUCAACAACUCAUUUACACUCAGCAUUGAAGUUGACAACGAUCACGUUGAAAGUCAACAAAUUUUCAUUAACACAGACGUCAAACGUUCAUCUGCGAAUAGCUCCGCACUUCCAAUUGAAGGCCAAAUUCCUGUUUUUCUACAAACAACUUCGGAAAUUAUUCAGCUCAUCAUCACAUCAUCAAUGGAAAAUAAAAUGCGAUUAAUUAUAAUUUCAUCAUUGAUUGUUGUAACAAAUUAUUCAAAAUAUGAUUUAAAAAUCUUCACAUUUGUUGCUGAUGUUGGUGAAAAGUUGGAAAAUGUUAAAAGAAAUGAAAUUCAUGUUAAGAAGUCAACGUUGGUGACAUCGCAAGUGAAUAUGAAGGAAAAUGUGUUGGGACAACCAAUUGCAAUGUUUGGUGAUUUGUUUUCGUCAUCAAAGGGAAAGCGAAAGAUCAACACAAACUUUUCCUCGUUAUUUGCUUUAGGAGUAAAAGACGAUGAGAUGUCAAUGCCAAUUAAGAUUCAGCCAACGCUUAGAAAAUGUGUCAACGUUCCCAACAACAUUCCAAUCAGUCUCUCAAUAAUAAAACAUAACGAACAAUAUUUCAUAUCAAUCUUCAACGACACUUCACCGUUCAUUUGUGUUAACAAUGACACUGACUUUAAUCUUUUCAUCGCACAAACUGAUCUCUCUAAUCAUAAAUAUGUUUUACCGCACAAGGAAGUUGCUGAUGAAAGAUUCAGUUGGUUUCAAACGAUUCCAUCGAAGCAGAAAGUUUUCUAUACACCGCCAAUCGUUAAUGAACAUUUUCCAGAAAUCAUCAACCAAGAAUUUGGUUUAAUUUUUGCUUGUGUGACGGGCGAUGAUUUUGUUCGAUGGUCACAACCAAUAAAAAUCGAUGGAACAAAAACGAUGAUUAUUAACGUUCCGUUGUUUGGUGACAUUAAACUCAAUAUUGACGUUCAAGAGAAAACCGUUCAGUUGUCAAUUUGUUACAUUCAAAAUGAUGGAUUGACCUUUAAUCGAACGGAAUUGUCGAGAGAUUUCUAUCGAGCAAUAUCCCAACAAUCAUUCUUGGAUAUUAACAGCAAUUAUCAAAAGACAUUCAGUUUAAAAAAGGCGACCACAAAACGAGCAUUCAAUGUUAACUUCUACUCAACCGCAAUCAGUUUUACAAUUUACAAGGAUGACGAUAAAAAGCGCACAGAUUUGAUCUCAUUAAAUGCCGAUGAAAUUUGCUUAAAAUAUUCCAAACUUGCUGGCCAAUUGAAGAUGAAUUUCACAAAGAUUCAAGUCGACAAUGAACUUUUUCCUGGUGGUGAUUACGACUUUCCAGUUGUUUUAUGUAACAAAGACUUGCCGAAGAUUUCCAAUCACAUCACAAUUAGUGGAACGUCAAUUUGGGAUCUUGACGAGAUUCUCGACAGCCACACGACUAAAAAUAAUUUCACAAUCGAUGUUGAUCUUUACAAAAAUGGCUCAAUGGAAAACAUUGUUGUGAAUCUUCAACCAAUUCGUGUUUAUAUUGAAGAUACCUUCAUUAAUGUUCUUCUCGAAAUUGUCGACGAUUGUCUACCAACAAAUUUAAUCGAAAAAUUCAACAAACAACAAAAUUUAAAGCGAAUUAAAUUGGAAGAUGGAAUGGUUCUCAUUCCAAGAUCAGUUGUUGAACAAGUUCAGCAUCUUUCAGAGCCAUUAAGACUUAAAUCGAUUCGUUUGGAGCCUUUACACAUUCUGCUUUCAGUUCACACUUGCAUGAGAAUGUACAUCGCAUUAGACCACAGUCCACUGGAUUUUUCAGCUUAUGAAAAACUCGACAUUUACACACUUCCAGUUAAGCUCGGUAACAGCAUGGGAAUGCAUUACCUUUCAUCAGCAAUUUUUGGUGCUGGUUGGGUAGUUGGAUCACUUGAGAUUCUUGGAAGUCCCAGUGGUUUAGCACGAUCAUUCACAAGUGGAUUAAAAGAUUUUGUUUCAAUGCCAGCUCAAGGUUUGUUGAAAGGCCCGUGGGGAUUCUUAAUGGGACUUACACAUGGUUCAGUUUCAUUGGUUCGAAAUGUCACCACUGGAACUGUCAAUUCUGUUACAAAACUUGCAACGUCAUUGGCAAGAAAUCUUGAUCGUCUUACGCUUGACAAUGAUCACAUUCAUCUCAAGACAGACGCUUCACGACGACAUCGACCGCAGGGUUUGACGGAAGGUCUUCAACAAGGAUUGACAGGUUUAGGUAUCAGCAUUCUUGGAGCGAUUGGAGGCUUAGCACGACAUCCACUUCAAGCCACAUCAACUGUUGAAGUGUUCACCGGUGUGGGAAAAGGAAUUGUUGGAGUGUUUGCGAAACCAAUCAGCGGUGCUGCCGAAUUUGUUGCACUCACUGGCAGUGGAAUGCUUCAAAGUGUCGGCUACAAUCUUCUGCCACUUCCAAUUUCUCAUCAUAUUGAGAAUCGUUUAAUGCAUCCAACAGCUGAUAAAAUAAUCAGCAAACAGUUGUCACAGCAUGCAUCAACAAGUUUAGUUCUGUUCACUUGUCAUGGAUCUUUUUCACGUAAAAAUGACAUCAAGAAUUCAUUUAUUGUUCUCAUGUCAAAUAUGAUGGUUGUGGCUGAUUUAGAUCGUGAUACAGUCAUGGAUGUUAUACCUUUGGAAAGAAUUCAACCUGUCACUCGAUCAUCGAAUGUUGAUAAUUUAUUUGUCUUUAAAAUUAAAGAUGAUGACGAAUCGUCACCGACUAAUAAUGAGCAAAAGUAUUCAGUGUCGAAACGAACUGUUCAAUAUAUUCAACAAUUAAGUGGAAGUCACAUAACAAUCGCUGAGCGAUCGUCAGAAGAAAACAGCGAAGAAGAGACUCGACCUGAUUCAGAUGAUGUUGAAAGUCUUAGUGCGAUUGGAAUUGACAAGAAAAUUUCUUUCUACAUGGAUGAAGUGACGGGAAAGUAUCUCUCGUCAUAUGUUAAUCUAAUGAAAAGCCAAAUACAGUCAAGGAAUAAUUUAUUUCCUUUGUUUGAGAGUUAAUUAAAUUAAAUCUUUAAUUAUUUUUUGUUCAUGUGACUAAAUUUUAAUAAAGUUUCGAUUUUUACAAACAAACAA